AUGGAUUCAAAAAUUUUAGUCGCUGUUGAAUUGCUAGUACUAGUUUGUCUGUUUUCGCUGGAGUCUGCUUCAUGUUCUACGGAAGGGUUUCAAAUCACCAGAGAUUCAAGAGACUCUUUUAAAAUCCCGCCAUCAAAAUGUGACUCGACGAACCAAAGCUUUGAUUAUUGUGCCGAGUACAACGCAAAGAAAGACAGAGAGAAGACGCCAUGCGAUUGUGUGUGUGACGCAAGCUCAUCAACGUUUGAAUUUCGAAACAAUGCCUGGUCUUGCCGGAAAAAUAAUGAGACGAGAGCGUCUUUUGGUUAGUAUCAUGUUCUUCUAAUUGUAAUAUUGUCGUUCUAGAAAAUUAAACAAUGAGUGAAGAAAAAUGGCCUAAAGCACGUAUACCUUACUCAUGUUAUCUUAGAGUUAAUUUAAACAAUUGGAUCACAACAUGGUUUUGUUCAUCAUGUACUAAAAUGUGCUAAAUGCCAAAAUUUCAAUUGUCUAUGAAAUAAUAUUUUAAUUACGUAUCUGUGAUCAUCGUGCUUCAUUCUUUGCUUUAAUUUUUCGAGCCACUUUUCCGCUAAGUAAUGCUGAAAAAUGUUAAGAAUUCAUUAGCUGUCAUAACUGAAUUUUUGUUUUUCCAACUAUCAGUUCUUUGACGCAAACGUCCUCAGAACGCUUUCGGCGUAAAUUCUUUAGAAAAGCGGGAAAGAGUGAUUACAAUUUUCAGGAAAUUAUGUAUCUUGGUCUUCCCCUUGAGCGCCAAGGAAGCCCCAAAAAGCAAGUCAUUCUUUUUCAACCAUUGAGCUUCCGAACAUUGCAAUUUUAUCAAUUCUUUUUAGGAAAGCUAUUUUGAAAUUGUUGUUGUAUGAAGUUACAUUUACUUUCAGUUUUAAUCGUAAUAACUUAUCAGUGAAGUUUAUUCUUCGAAAAACUGUUCUCUUAAAAAUCGCCUUUUGAGCCUAAUUAAACGCCCUGUAGAAUUGUUUUUUCCUAUACCCUUUACCUCUGACUCUUGAAAGAGAAAAACAAAUUUAAACGGAAUCAACUUUAUGUUUUUUUUCUUUAAACAAAGGCUGCGGUAUGUUUUUUGACAAUGAAGACAAUGCAACCCAACUGAAUUCGCUGAAAUAUGAUGACGACGAAGAACUGAAGUGGAGGGCAGGGCGUUGCACCAUAAACUUGCAAGAUUCUUCAUACAUCAAGUGCCUCGGAAAAGGGGUCUCUGGGGCAACCGCUAUGAGAGCACAAAUUCAGAGUAAAGGAGAUUCUCAAUCUAGUGUGACUGUGAAUGAGCUUGAGGUAACAACAAUUUAUGUACUUUAACUGUGUAAUUUGAUUUUAAAAAUUCGUAAAUAUCUUCUUGGGUAAAUGAUCCAGCAAAUAUCCUUGUUUUUUGUUUUCAAAUAGAUUAAAUAUUCAUCAGGAAACGAUGGAGGCAUUGUGAAACUUAAACUAGAGUGCAAAGGACCUGAUUUCUCAACCACCGUCGGUUGCCUGCUGUUCAAAUUGCAAGGAAGCACAUCAUGUGAGUUGCUCAUAUCUAAAUGUUAUAAUAGAUACCUUCUUGGUGCCUUAUUUCGCGGGUUUUCAACUUGUUAAAAAAUCGCAAAAUUAAAGACCCAUGAAUAACAAUCCUCGCGAAAUUUAAUCUCCAAUUGAAAAUUCAGAUCAAAGAACGAAAUGACCAACAUGUAGUAACAACACAAGAUAUGUAUCGACAAGUACACAAAUUAUCAACUGGUCUUAUUGCUAAGUUCCGUUUCGGAUCAUGCAACUUUGCAAGAGUUUGUAUAUGGAGUAGAAAAUCUCUCAAUCGAAUUUAUCUGAACUCGUACAGAUUCCGCCGGAUUUCUUCGUUGGAGUUGUCCAAAAUUAAUACAUUAAAAACUAUAAUGAAGCCGAGAACGCUUGAAUCGCGAAAUUUAAUGCCCCUUUAGUUAUUAGCCUAAUGAAAUCGCGAAAAUCAAUCCUCGUUAAACUAAGUAUCCACGAAAUUAAGUAUCAAUUAGGUACUACAAACGAUUCCUUAGACAAUUAGUUUCAAUGACCUUGAAUUGAUCAGGGGGGUAAAUGAAUGGGGCGCAUGAAUCAUUUGGAAAAUUUAUUUGCACUAACAUGGAAAAAAUCCAGAGCUUCAAGAUUCAAGGCGUUUCUAGUUACACGGUACUAGUUUUCCCACUUGUUUUCAUUGGGUGAAAUAAUGACGCGAUAAACUGAAAACACGCGCCUACGAACAAUAUAAAAUCGAUAAUGGAAACCAUCAGACCUCCGUGAACUAGAAUAGGUUUACAGUAAAGCCGAUUUUCCCGGAUUCGUCACGAAUCCAGGUUAUUUUGAACUGAUAUCGGACUCGUUUUUCUAGUUGAAUACUUGCGGAUAAAUCCAUGAUAAAAUUUAUCGUUUAGGAAUAUAAGAUUACUUUUCGAAUUUUAUGAUAUGUUUGCUAAAAGGAUCAGGUCAGCUUACGGAAUAACUUUUACCUUCGUCUUCGAAAAAUAAUUUGUUUUCUGGUUUUUCAGUAACAAAUUAAGUAUUUUUUUGACGAAAGCGUGGUCCAAUAUUCUAUUACCGUAUUUACUCGGAGGAACUCCGCGCCGCUGGAAAAGAAUUUCGAUUUUAAACUUGUCAGAGGAGUCCUUUGUAUUUUUUCUGCUUCUUUGUUUUGUUCGAGCACAGCAAGACUUCAAAAGGUAAAAAAACAAUGCAUCUUUUUCGAAAUGCACAUAACACUGAGCAAUAAUAAAAGAGAUAAACAACGCUAAAAUAGAACAAAAACAAUCUAGUAAUCAGUUCGGAAUAGAGGAUCAUUAGCCACCGCGUUGUUAAUUACGCACGAAACUUGAUAAUUCCGAUAAAAAGCUGCACUCCUGUAAUAUCAGUUAUUCCAGUGCGGCGCUCUUAAAGUAAAUACAGUAUUUAUAAAUCAAUUGAGUAUUGUAUAGAUCGAGAGAAACGCACGACAAAUAUCUUACCUUAGUAACUGACCGAAAACUUCCGAGUUCUUGACAAGAUAUCUUGCAUUCAUGAACGUGUGGGUUGUGUUAGUGCAGCUGCAAUACGAUGUACGUGUUGAUAUCUCUGUCUCCACAACACUGCACAAGCUAGACAAACCUUCCUCCAUGUUGUCAUGAGCAACUGUGAUAGACUUCUUUAGCUGCGCAUAAUUUAAAAAAGAUAAAGCUUGGAAUUCCUGUGAGACCUGACCUAAGUAGACAAAACAUAGAAGCUUAAGAAGUUUAUAGCAAACUUCAAACGGUAAAGAUAAAUCCACCUUUUUCUCACAUUUCCGAUGAUAAAAAAUUGGUAAAAUCUCUGUUGUUAAUAACGCCCGCAAACAAUCGGUAUGACCACUUCAGUGAAUAAACGGCUGAAAUAAGACAGAAAUAAGUGUAAUUUUUGCUUUUUUUCUGCUCAAAUUCAAGCUCCCUUAACAUUAUUUCUGGCAUAUCAAACAGAAUUGGCGAAGGCAAAAAUGCAUUUUACCUAUAGGAGCUAAAGGACGACUUAAAUAUCUCAACGUGACACACUCACGAGGUCGGUUAUUUGCAUGCACGAGGUCUAACCCAAACCACGCUUUUACGUUAGCAGCGGACUUCAGGCUUUUUACAUAAGGCGGUUCAUUUAAUUUAACGACUGUCCUUCCACUUUUAGCUUUCGGCCCUUUUGAAACUGUUCACAAAAAUAAGUGUUAAUAAAUGGUCCAGUUAAAUCAGUGAGGAUUGUUUACGACACGUUUGGUUAAACAAUGGCUAAAGUAUAUUUAAUUAACCGACCCAUGAUGUUUGCAUCCUUUCGUCCUCACGAAAAGGUCCAUCAUAUUCAUUAAACAUUUCUAUCUCAGGUCCCGUGGCAGGAACACCGGAGACGACUCCUUUACCCACAGCAGUCGAGACACUUUCUAAAGAGGUAGUUCCAUCAGUUGCUACAUCACAGGCUCAGGUAUUUCCUGCAAAAGAGUGGGAAAUUAUUUUUAAGUCAAGCAAUUUCUUCUCAAACCCUGACAAAGCAGCGUUAAAAACUUGUCGUAGAAUAUUGGUUUUUGCUUUUCUCCACUUAAUUGCCAUCGUACAAAAGCACAAACCAAUUUGCGGGAAUCGCACGUGCCUAAUUCAUAUGCUGCAUACUUUCCGUUUGAAAACUUCGAAGACCAUUAGAGAGAAACGGGAUGCUGCGUAAUGAAAGUGGGAAAUUAUUAGGAAUUGUUAUGGAUGUUGUUACCAUCCGUUUCAUCGUGUUGCUAUUACAAGAGACUGACUUCAAUUAAAAAAAAUUUGACACAAACUUCGUCGCGGACAAAGUCGAGAAAAAUGAAACUUCUCAGAAUAUGUAUUGUCGCCAAAGAUUAAGAGGAAAAAUACCCGUAUGUAGCACCACAAUUAGAAACCAGAAGAUUGACAUUAGUUUCGUUUUUAUCAACAAAAAGUGUCAUAAACUGAAUUUCUUUGUUCCUAAGCGUUUGAGGCUCAGUCCCACAUUACGAGAGCGCCAUUUGAAUUUCCCCUUAUACAGGGAUGGGCUGUACUCAAAACUUCUUGAAACAGUCUCUUUGUGUGACUUUUAUUGUUAAUAAGAACUGAGCUAAUUUCGUUGUAAAACUUAUUCUAGUAUAUAAUCUAUCAAAAAAAUCCCCAAACCGUGUCGUUCUUUUAUUUUUUUGUUCAUCAAUAUUGAAUCUUUAAUUGCGCUGAUUUUACGAAAUGUUUUCUCGUCUCCAGAUCUUUUCACCCCCAGAUUCCUCCGCUGGUAAACAGACUAAACGCCUGGACGAUUUAUCCGUUUUUCUCAUCGUCGGACUGACCAUCUCACUCAGUCUCCUUUUUGUAAUCGUUGGAACGUUCGUUUAUCGACGUAAUUGUGCACGGUGAGUCAUCCUUUUCUGGUUACAGUAAUACAUAGAAGGUUUCCACACAAAUUACGUAAAACUAGAUUUGAAAUACAGCCCAAAAAAUGGAGCUACGAUUUGUACAAAUACAUUGAAAGAAGUCAAGGAUUUUUCGAGACUGAAUAUAUCUCACAUGUAAUUUUUUCGUGAACUUUUCUUAAAGAAAUCACCUUUAUUGGGACACUGACGAGCACAGCUCCCAUUCAAACCCAGACUCUGAGCGUGGUGAAAAGGAUGCAAGCUAUGCUUCAUUGAGCCAUUGUACAACCAGUAAGUAUGAACUGCUGGAUAUAAUCGAGAAUAUUUACGUUUUAUUUUGAUCGAUCCACGAUCUUGCUACAAGGUGGGAGGGGAGAGUGGUUAGUGUUGUAAGCACACGUAACUGUCUGAUCGCAGUUUCAAGAGGCUGAUUGAUCCCAGGGCUACAAUUUAGACAGUAAAAUUUUAAUCUUAAAGAUUGUUUUUUUACAAAUAAAGGAUAGCAUUCUCUAGUUAAUCGCGAAGUUGCGCACGAUAAUGAUUGACUUAAGUGCUCUUAUCGUGCAGGGUAAAUAAACCUAAAAAAUUAUUCAAAUUAGAUUCGUCGAGCCAUAUUUCCCAUGCUUUCUAGCAUUAAAUCUGCAUAAUCAUCACUCGGUAUUAAGGAACGCUGCAAGUCUGGGUAAUUCAGGUAUCCAGGGUCGUUUUUUCUCAGGUAUUCGGUAUUACUCAUUAUAAUACGUGUAUAAAUUAUCACAUUCUUCGUCAAUAUUGGGUGUGUAGAUACGAGUCAACAGAGGCAAUUCUGCAUUUUUUAGGUCUAUUCGUACAGAAAAAUAGGGUAUACCAAUAUCCUUUAAAUCCCGCGGACCUGCAGUAUGUUCUGUUUCAGAAUUUUUUUCCUAUUUGCAUCAGAGAGCAAAUAUAUGCAAAAGAGCGCUGAAAAAUUAAAGUUUUCAAUUGCUUUUUUUUUUUAGCUACCUAUGCCUCAGCCUAUAACAUUCCCAGUACCAUGGGCGGAAUAAAUACGCUUGAUGGAGAAGAACCAAUUUAUAGCACUGUGGAUGAGUACCAAGACCCAGCCAUAACAGAGAGCCCCAGAAAGGUGAGGCCUCUAAGUGUCGAGCAACGCGUGUAUAACCUAGUCGAGGUCCUUGAUACAAGCACACCUCACGGGUCGUAUGAAUAUUGUUCCAAUGAAGUGAGUCAAGCACAGUCUCCGCUUAGCGUGGAACAGCGUGUGUACAACGUCAUUGAAGGCCUUGAUGUGAACACCUCGGACGGCCCUCACGGAGAUGUUGCCCAGGAAGGGGCUCAAGAGAGCCAGGUACCCUUGAGUGUGGAGCAACGUGUGUACAACCUCGUGGAGCCUCUUGAUAACACAAACACAUUAGACGGCCCCAAUGAAGAAGGAAGCGCAAUGCAGCCUCCCAUAAGCGUGGAACAACGACUUUAUAACACCAUAGAGCCCCUGGAUACAGUGACCUGCCAACAAGGCGACAAUUGUGAUCCUAAAAGCAAAGAAAUUGGCAAGUACCCAUUUUACAAGAUUUUGGAGGAACCUUUACCAAGUGACAUCGAACACGGAGAAAGAAAUAGGUCUAGCAGUGUAAAGGAACAUGUUUAUAAUGUCCCUGAGGAACUCAAAGUAGAAGGAACUAAGGAACCAAGUGAUGCUAGCGCUUCACUGGACUCUUCUCGGGAUUAUGACGAACCGAUAGAGCUUUAGAAAGACUGAAAAGAAGUAGUAGUAGUGUCCGGGAAAUGGAAGUGCUCUUGCUCACCUGAGUGAGUGAGCCGGCCUGCUUCCUUAAAAACAAAAGUAAAGAAAGAGGGAGUAACCUUUUCUAUUCACUCUAGCGCUGAUGGUGGAUUACACCUAUCGCCAAUGUCUAGUUGUUUAUAUCCCAAAUAAUCUCCUGUUUGAUGGGACAGCAAAACAAAACAACGAGAGCAAGAGAAACGGAGGGGAGGUGCAGUGGCUUGAAGAAACGUGGGUCUAAAGGCUUUCAUCCACUCCCCUCCCUCCUUAGUUCGGUCGUCAUUUCAUCUUUUUUUUCCACUAGUAUAAUGGUGCUUAUAUCUAUUCUAACUUCAAGGAGUGCAGCUGCUAAUCGAUAAUUAUUUAAAUUGCUUAUCA